AUGGAGGAAUUAAUAAAUAAGGAUCUUAAAAUAGCAUUUUGGAACUGCCGUAGCAUAAACCAACGUAAGGAAGAUCUCCACGCCCUACUCGAUCAAGUAGACAUUCUUGCUUGUGUCGAAUCUUGGCUGACAGAAGCAAACCAUCUCCACUUCCCCGGCUUCAAGACAUUUCGAAAAGAUCGGAAACACGCACAAGGAGGAGGAAUUCUGAUCUUAAUACGUAACAAUAUUGCCUACAAAGAAAUAGAAGAGCUUACCUGCUCUAAACAAUCUAUAGAACUAACAGGUAUAAAACUUACAAAUAUCAAACCUCAAAUUGACCUCUUAGUCUGUUACAGAGCUCCGGGCAUCACCCUCAGUCAAACUGUAUGGGAUGAAAUAUUUGAUAAAAUUGAUAAAAAACGACUCAAUGCUAGAACCGAUCCUAAUUAUGUAUGGCAAACAUCGCGAAUACUAAAAAAUUCAUGGAUUAAAAAUAAGCCUCAACACGUAUCCGAGAACCACCAAGAUCGAGAAAAAAUUGACAUAGCCUUAAAUAAAAUCAGUCCCCCGUGGUGUAUGACAAACCCAGAUUGGCUCCCAGAAUGCAAUAAUAACGAUUUCCUUGACUCUCCCUUCAACCUUUUAGAAUUUAACGUUGCCCUUGAAUCAAAAAAUAAACAUUCUUCCUGCGGUUUAGACGGUAUAGAUUAUGACGUACUUCAAAGAUUACCACUAAAAUAUAAACUAAUUAUGCUUGACAUAUUAAAUGAGAUACUCGUAAAUAAUUCAUUUCCAGAACAAUGGCUUAAAUCUUAUGUUCAUUUCAUUAAAAAAGCAGACGACAAAAAUGUCAGGCCGAUCAGUCUUUCGUCAUGCUGUUGUAAACUUUUUGAAACUAUGGUAAAAAACAAGAUGCAAUGGUGGCUCGAAUUUAAUAACAUCCUUCCCAAGAGCCAAACUAGAUUUCGAAAAGGGCAAUCUACUACAGACAAUUUGACCGGUUUAACCUUAAAUGUAGAGGAUUCUUUUAGUAAUAAAAAAGACCUCCUUGCUGCAUUUCUGGAUGUACAAGGCGCAUUUGACAACGUGAAUAUUAAUAUUCUCUUGCAACAAUUGGCAACAAUUGGCUGCCAUCUUAAAUUGGUCAAAUUUAUCAAAUUCCUAACACAAGAAAGGUACAUUUUUACUGAAAUUAAUGGAAAAAAGUUUAAUAUUAUCUACAAGGGAGUUCCACAAGGCGGCGUCCUCAGUCCUCUUUUGUUCAACAUAUAUGUUGUUCAAGUUUGCGAAAAUCUACUUAAAACUGUCACUGUCUCUCAAUUUGCUGACGAUAUCGCCCUGUAUUGCAAAAGAGGAUCCACUAGCACUAGCAAACGUCUACUCGAAAAAGCUAUUAAAAAAGUUAAUCAAAACCUAAACAAUUUAGGACUUAAACUCUCUGCGCAUAAAACUAUUUUCAUUCAUUUCAACCGUCGUAACAUAAAACCAGGCGAAACUGAAAUAAAGGUAAAUAACACACCCGUAAAAUCUAGUGAAACGGCCCGAUUCCUGGGUAUCACUUUUGACUAUACACUGUCUUUCAAACAACAGACCAACUUAAUUAUUAACAGAGCCUCUAGAGCCUUAAAUAUCGUUAAAUUCCUUAGAGGUACUUGGUGGGGCGCUCAUCCCAACAUACUGACCCUAUUUUAUAAAAGUUUUGUAAGAUCUAUUAUUGAUUAUGGAUGUUUUAUUUACUUCCCCACUCGAGCUGACGCCCUGCUAAAGCUUGAACGAAUACAAUACAAGUCAAUUAGAUUAGCUUUAGGAUACAGAGCAAGCACUCCCACAAAUAUUCUGUUAGCUGAAUCAAAACUACCCCUUUUAAUAGAGCGUUCUAAAUACUUAUGUCAUAGUUAUCUAAACAAAAUAUAUUCAAAUAAGGAACUUUCACUUAACCAGACAAUUACCAACUUCAAUAGAUUAUUAACAAAUAAAGACACCAGUCAUCGUAAAUUUAGUAAUAGAAUUCUCCAAACCUGCAUUGAAAACACCUUCCCUUCCAAAAAUAAAAUUUACUCCAAAAAUAAUUUUCCAAUAUAUACUACAAACUAUGCAGUACAAACAAUCAAUGUAAAAUUAAAUACGGAAAUAGGACAAAAACUAAAAAAAAGCAACGACCCUAACUCAGUACUCAACAAAAUAAUAAGUGAAAAUCGGAACGCAAACAUAAUAUUUACCGACGGUAGUAAAUCAGCUGAUUCAAUAUCAGUGGGUAGUGCCUGCUUCCACGUAAAUAAAAAUAAAUCUAUUGUAAGAAGCAUCGAUAAAAUCGCUUCCAUAUUCACCGUCGAAUGCCUUGCCAUUAACGAUACCGUAGACAUCGCGCUCGAGUAUCCUAACCAAGGAUGCUUUAUAUUCUCCGACUCACUUAGUGCUCUUCUGUCACUCAAAAAUUACAAAAAUAACGUCAAAACUAAUCCCCUCCUCCUAGAAAUUCGAGAAAAAAUUUAUGAAUUUCAAAAGAAAGCACACAAAGAUUGCGAAAUUGUUCUUGUAUGGAUACCAGCUCACGUAGGGAUAAAUGGAAAUGAAAAAGCAGACCAACUCGCCAAGGAAGCUGCCAGCUCUGCAUCUACUGACAUUUAUAAGAUCCCAUUUACAGAUUUCAAAGAAAUAGCAAAAAAGAAAUCAAUAGAAAAUACAUUAGACUCAGUCAAAUCUCAAGGACAAAUCAAAGGCACUGAAUACUUCAAAAACUACUACAAAGACAGUUCUCAGCCUUGGUACUUCAAAAUCAAUCUACCACGGGAAAUUAUAUCUACCAUCAACAGAUGUAGAGCUGGUCACUACAACCUUGCCUUUUCCUUAGCACGAAUAGGAGUCAAAGAUAACUCUCAUUGCGAAUGCGGCGACGAAAAUCAAACGAUCGAUCACAUUCUAUGGAAUUGUUCCUUAUACGAUCAAGAACGUCAACCAUUCAUUAGAAAACUGCAAAAACUUAAAUUCAGCCUUCCUACAUCUUGCGCCACACUUUUAGCGAACCCAAAUACACGUAUAUGUAAAGCUAUUUAUAACUAUCUAAAAAAAUGUAAACUACAGAUUUAA